AUGGCUGACACGAGCAACAUGGAGGAGUCCAAAGAACCCGUUGGCCCUCUGGAUGGACAGUUCGAGUAUAAAAAGAACAAAGAUGGAACAGUAAACAAACAUAUUGUGGUUUGCUCACACUGCAGGAAGGACUUUUCCUUUCACCGAAGCACCUCAAGCCUUAAGUAUCAUAUUAACGCCAAGCAUUCAUUUGUUGGGGCUUCAACUUCAGGUGUUCUGCCUGGCAUGCGUCAGACCACUCUUACCGAACACAGGGCAUUAAGUAAGACAACAUCUGACAAGCUGACUGACACAAUUGCCAGAUGGAUAGCCAAGGACUGUAGACCGAUUAAUAUUGUCGAGGACACGGGCCUCGCAGAAGUUUUGAAAGUGGCAACUUUUGACGCAUUCUAUAAGCCACCGUCGAGAGGCACAGUGAUUACCAAAAUCAACAAACUCUAUGAUGCUAAAAAGAAAACGAAGGAAGAGGAUUUGGCUUCAGCGGAAUAUGUUGCUUUGACAGGAGACCACUGGACCUCCGUGAGUAACAACAAUUAUCUGGGUGUGACGGCGCACCACAUCACUAAAAUCUGGGAACUUAAGUCAUUUGCUUUAACCGUAAUGAAAACAGAAGCGCGUCACUUUGCAGAGGCGUGCGCUCAACAGUUUCAAACAGUGGCACACAAGUGGAAAAUUGAAGGAAAAAUCUCAACUAUAGGAACGGACAGUGCACGCAAUAUGACAGCUGCGGCUAAACUACUGCCAUAUGAGCACAUGCCCUGCAUCGCUCACAUGCUACAGAGAAGCAUCAACGUGAGCCUCUCCGAUAGUGGAUUUGCGAAUGUAUUAGCCAAGUGUCGCAAAAUUGUCGGCCAUUUCAGACACAGCGCGGCAAACACCUUGGAGCUUCAAGCACAGCAAGCGGCCCUGGGACAGAAGCAGGAGCCACUGAUCCAAGACGUUUCAACGCGGUGGAACUCUACACUGGAAAUGAUCAAGCGCCUAAACCGCAAUCAAGCAGCAAUACAAGAAACCCUUGACCAUCAACACCACAAACUGGUUAUACUGACACCAUCAGAAUGGGACAAACUGCAGAGACUGAGCACUCUUCUAGAGCCCUGCAGGGAUGUAACUGAGAUUCUGGGUGGAGAGGCCUAUAUCUCCUGCUCAGUAGUACUGCCUGCUCUCUGCCACCUGCAUCAAGUGAUGAAAGUCUCUGAAGAAGAUCCUGCAUAUGUGGUGAGAUUUAAAACAAUCUUCAUGGAAGAUCUAGCCUCCCGCCAAGAAAAUAUUAACACUGCAUGGCUCAAGCUUGCAACGGCACUGGAGCCACAUUUCAAAGACUUGAAGAGUCUGCCUAAGAGUGAAAGAGAAGAGGUAUGGACCUCACUUGGAGGGAUGCUUUAUGAACAAUCACCCAGAAGGUCUAUGCAGACUUCUCAAGUUGGACCACCAAGGAAGAAAAUUCAUCUUCUACAGAUGGGCUCAGAUUCAGAGUCAGAUGAAGAGGUGCAACCUGACAGAGACAUACACAGGUACAGAGCAGAGCCAAGCAUAAGUAUGGAGUACUGCCCCAUGCAGUGGUGGGCUGCUCAUUCAGGAGCCCAUGACAAGCUGGCCCUGCUUGCCCGCAAAUAUCUAGCGACUCCUGCAUCCAUGGUUCCAUGCGAACGACUCUUCUCAGUUGCAGGUCAUAUUGUUUAG